GAGAAAGAGACGCAAGAGAGAAAUGGAAAAAUCGCGGCGGACAUUUUGAAGGCAAAAGUAAAUUUGAAGGAAAUUUUGCUGCGUUCAAUGCAUAGUGAAUAUAAGCCAAAACUGGAAUAACUAAUCGUAAAUCGAUGCCGGAAAGUGCAGAGUACGAAUGGUGCAUGUUAUUUCGGCUGCAGGUGUUGUAAUUAGGAUGAAAUCUUGAACGUAAAAAAACCCAUUGGAGGCUGCCCGUCGCGGAUCCAGUCGACGACGCAGAGGUUUUUUUCGGAUCGUCUCUACUCGCGCCCUGUUCCACUGUAUGUGUAUAGUGAGUGUUACAAGGUAUUCUUCUACCAGCGCAAUCAAUCAAAUUGUGAAGAAGAAAAGACUUGAGGACAAGCCAGCAUAAAAGGGCACCGAGUCUGAAUUGAACGAGUUCCAGCAGGGCGGACCUCCGACCGGAAGGAACUUGCAGUGAGCAGUGGUGUUGUGUCUAUUGUUUUGCACAACAGGCAGUGUCCGCAAAGGAUUCGUUCUUGAUGGGUGAUUACUUGCCCAUAUGAGACCCUUGGUACUGUAUCGGACCAGCGUAGACACCGCACGGAUGAACUGUCGCCGCCGACAGCGCGUCACCUAAGGAAGGACAGCCCGUCUUCGACACAUCACUCGUGAGUUCGUUUCAAUCUAAUACUUAGCAACCAACAUGGAUCCAGUAGGGCCAUGGUCCUACACGUAUAACCGCCAGCCGGGCACGGCAAGUGGUGAGUUCCACCACCAUCUGGCUACAGCGGCCGCGGCCGGUGGUAUUGGGCUUGCAGCUCACAACACAACCGUAGGAGUGCCAUCAACUACGUCCCAACUGCUACUGCAGGCAGCUCAUACGACGUCUCUCGGGACCUCGUCGGGACCGUUUAAUCCGCCUGGGUUUCUGUCUCCUCCGGGAGUCAGCUACGAUGCAGUGUUUACGCCGUUGUUUCACCCUGCUGCGAACCCAAAGCCAGCCCAUUACAGCUCCACCAUCAACCAGCACCGAGUGUUGGCCCAAGCUCAAGCCCAAGCGGCUGUGAAGCAGGCCAGUGAAUCUGAAGUUCUGCGAGACAAUUACGCUACACACACGUUGGCGGCUCAAGCUGCCAAUUUCUUUGAACAGCAACAACAACAACAGCAGCAACAACAACAGCAACAGCAGCAAGCUUCAAACACCAGCGCAGCAAGUAGUGGCAACUCCUCGACGAGCGGAUCAUGGCAAGGAAACAACCAAUUGCCAAGCCCGUUCGGGAUUAUGCCCCACGAAAAUGUCGUACAGUCGAGCCCUGUAACUUCGGCAUCGUCGAAAACCACCACUUCUACCUAUGAGAAUUUCAACGCACAUUUCACCAAUCUGAACCAACAACUCAACUCGCAGCUGGCCAGUAAGGCAUCAGCUCGUUCUGCAUCACCAGCGGUGAACACGGGAAGCACCAACACUGGCUCAUCCAAGGCCACCACCAACUACUUUGCUUCGUCAAACUCCAGCAGCAACCCGCAGCAGUACGGAGGUGUAAAUGAAUCUCUAUCCAACUAUUCCAACCAACAGCAGCAACAGACCAGCAAACAACAGCUGGAUUACGGUAGUGCUAAACUUGGAUUUCUUGCAGAAAACUCGAAGCAACAGCCGCAAUCGCAACCCCAGCAACAGCAAGGUGCUUCCACGGAUGGUGCUGGUAGUGGAAAUAACGGAGUUUCCGCAACGCCGCCGGCUAAAAAGUUUAAUGUUCCGGCAAAGGACAGCAAAGGCUUCAUGGGCAGCUAUCUCAAGUUUUUGCAGGGCGAACGAGACACUUCGCCACCCCCGGCCACCAGAAGUAACCGCAAAACCACCUGGACAAGGCCAGCCGGUAAUGCCUCGAAUGCGGCAAAGAAUACCGCUUCCGGCGCAGCUGCCAAUAAGCAACAAACAGCGGCCGCAGCUGCUGCUGCUGCCAAUCAGCAAACGCAGGCACAACAGCAGCAAACAACCGCGCCGACGCCCCAAGCCCAGGCCGCCCAAGCAAUGACCCAUGAUCAGCAAAAGCAACAGGAUCAACUACAGCAAUCACAACAACAACAACAACAACACCAGCUUCAGCAACAACCCGAUCCCCGAUACUCGUCCUACGCCGCCGCGGUCACAAAGGAUAACCGAAAGCGCAAAUACGACGUUGGUGAAGUCGGCCAAACAGGAAACGAUCCGCUGAAUGUUCCCCAGCGACGCCAGACGUCAAACAGGAAGGCCAAGUCCAAAGCUUCCAACAUUCAGCAGUUGAUGGAUCGGGGCCAAAUGGACGAACCGGCCGAUUUCGGAUCCGAUUCCGAUGCUGAUCCCGUCUGGACACCACAGGAAAAAGAGGAUGACGACGAUGAGCAAGAUAUGAUGGGAGACUCAAAAUCAAAAAAGCCCAAAAAUAUUAUUGGAAGUCCACGUGGCAAGCAGCAACGUCCACGCUCGAAUAUCCUGUCAGUGGCCGCUGCCGGGGCUGGCAUUGCAGAUUUCGACUACGGAACCGACGACAAUGUGGCGGCGACCGCCACCACUGCCACGUCCAACGUCGCAGCCCAGAAUCUUACAAAUCCCCAACAAAUCCAGCAACAGCAGCAGCAGCAGCAGCAAGUUAUGCAUCAGCAACAACAGCAGGUGUACCAACAGCAGCAGCAACAACAGCAAUUGUACCAGCACACCGCCGCCAUCGCCAGUAAUCAGAUUAUGCAGAACCAGUACCAGGACAUGCAACAGCAGCAGCAGCAGCAGUACAGCGCGGGAAACAUUGUGCAGCAACAACAGCAGCAGCAACCUUCGCAGCAACAAUCCCAGCAGCAAACAACUUCCAACAGUGAUGAUUUCCAGACUGGCGAUUUUGUUGUGAUACGUUCGGAGCUGGUCCAGGAUUACCCUUCGAUUUGGCGCGUGGACGGUAAAACGCUGCUGCAAAAGUACGAGCCGUUUGAUCAGAACGGAAAAACGCUGCACCGAAAUGUGUCCACGUACGCGGCCUGGAACACAGAGAGCAAGAAGCUGUACGUGAAAAUUCCGGUUCGCUUCCGCGUGCACAACCACAUGGAGUCGGUGGUCGAAUUUAUGCGCAACGAAAUGUCGAUCGACGAUACCGAGCAGUUCCUGGAAAAGUCCAUGAACGAAACGAAGAUUUAUCAGGACGUGUUCGAGGUUUACAUCCAAACGCUGAUCUCGCAGGCUCUCGAUUCCAACUUCCUGAAGGAAAUUUUCCAAGAGCAAGACGACUACUUCCUGUCUCGCGUGCAAACCAUCGACAGCCUCACCGACGAUCGCAAGCGGCGAUUGAUCCAGAUAACGCCGUGGUCCCGGAACAUGAUUACGUCGAUUGCGACCUUCCCCGCGUACGACAUCAUGACCGAGCUGGGCCACACGAACAUGAACCAUCCGGUUUGCGUGGCGUGCCACCAGCCGGGAAUAUCGGUACGGAUCGUGCUGCAGGGUCAAACGUACAACACGGCCACGUUGGCGCCGUGCCAGGUGCAGGACGCGCGCAUCCAGUACGAGAAGAACUUUUUGCUUUGCCGCAUCUGUUCGUCGCGGUUCGAGCUGCUGCACAAGAUUUGCCACCAGAAGUACAUGAUGUUUGUUGAGUGCGCCAAGCGCGUCAAUCAGCAGAUUUCGAACGACUCGUCCAAAGCGGCGACCAUCAUCCUGAACGAGCUGUUGGCCGAUGAACACUGGCUGACCAUGCUCUUCAAGGAAGUCCGCGGAAUAUGGGCGGAGAUCGAAAACAUGGAAAGGCAGUACCGUUUCCAGGUGGCGUCCCAAUGAGAAAAGGGUAAAGCGGCAAUAAAAGCAACAUAACGUCAGAAAAAAAGCAUCCAAGAUGAUCAUUUAUCGCAAGCAGACUAAACUGCUAGACAGGAGUAAAAAUUGCUAGUAACAGGAGUAAAAAUUAUUAAACUUA